AAAUUUAGCAAUUUUAAAGUCACGUGACCUAAUUUCGUCAGGAUUUUGUUAUGGCGCCAACUGGAUAAUUUAAUUUUAAUUUUUGUUAAUUUUAUAAUUCUUACACAAAUAUCUAAUUAUACUAUCGAUAUAUAUUAAUCAUGUAUUGGCAUACUGUAAAAGCAUAUUUUUGUUCUUGAUUGCUAAAGCGGAUGGAAUCUAGACGUUCGUAUGUCUUGUUGUAACAAAUAUGGAGGCGCCCUCUUCGGGAUUGGUGUCUGCGAUGAACUGGAUAGACUUGUUAUUAGAAAUUUUUGUGAUGAAGUGAUCUAAACACACAAGAAUGAAGCGCCCGCAACAAAGUACUGAAGGAGAAACUUCUGUUUCUAAAAGAAGACGUCUAGCAAGUACUAGUGAAGAUGAUGAUUGUUCACGUGGGCAAGCUGUGGCUGUUAAUUUUGGUGAUGCACCCCCUUUACACAAGAUAUAUAACAGUUCUUGUAGGAAAGAAAAGCCUGAUGAGUUGUUUAGAAAAGAUCUUAUUAGUGCUAUGAAGCUGCCUGACAAUGAGCAACUCGAUGAGGCAGAGUUUUGGGAUGUUAGUGAUUCCUGGAAACAAGAAUGGGAAAGAGGUGUGCAAGUUCCAGUGAAUUCAAAGAAUGUGCCUAAUCCAGAUGUUAGGAUAUUGAGGGAAAGAAGCAAAUCAGUUCUAUUUAAACUACCAAAGAAAUUAAUGAGAACAACUGAGGAUAAUUUCUUCUCAAGUGAGCAUCAUGUUUUAACCGAUACUGGCGCAAAAGCUGAGAAAGUCUGCAAGUAUGACAUGGAUGAUUUGGAUACACAGUGGCUGAUAUUAUUUAAUGAAUACAGAGAAGAUGGAGGAAAGCAACAUAUAAGAGAAGAAACUAUGGAACGUGUUUUAGAAGAUUUUGAAUUGCAGUGCUCUAAUGGGUUUCAAGAUGCCUUGAAGACAGAGAAAGGACUUGGCAUUGAAUAUGAUGAAAAUGUAGUUUGUGAAGUCUGUAGAGCAAGAGAAAAUGAAGAUGGCAAUGAGAUGGUAUUCUGUGAUAUUUGUAAUAUUUGUGUCCAUCAAGCAUGCUAUGGAAUAAUGGCUAUUCCAGAAGGAAGUUGGGUUUGUCGUCCAUGUGCUGCAAAUGUCAAACCUCCUUGUGUUCUUUGUCCCAACACGGGAGGAGCAAUGAAGUGUACUAGUAGUGGUGAAAAGUGGGCUCAUGUUAGUUGUGCAUUAUGGAUACCUGAAGUUAGCAUUGGUGAUCCUGAAAAAAUGGAACCAAUCAUGAGGAUAUCUCAAAUACCAGCUAGCAGGUGGGCACUUAUAUGCACAUUGUGCCGAGAAAGAGUAGGCGCUUGCAUACAGUGUUCAGUGAAACAGUGCAAAGUAGCCUAUCAUGUUACAUGCGCCAUUGAAAAUGGUUUAGAAAUGGAAAUGAAAACUACACCUAUCGAUUCAAGUGAGCAAGGUGUAAAAAUGCAGUCAUUUUGUUUCAAGCAUGGCAAGAAUGAUGCGUCUCCUGAAAAAUCUUCUAUUAAAAUAUCAAAAAAGAAGAGGAGAAAGAAAGAAGGUGAUGGUGAUAAAGCACCUGAAAAUGAAGUUGAUGAGCAUAAUGCCAGGUUGCAAAAAAUUCGUUCACUUGAAGCUGAAUUUUAUAAUUACGUUAGCAUUAAAGAAACAGUUGAAGUUACCAAAGUGGAAUAUGAUAUAGUAACUUAUUUGUACUACUAUUGGCUCUUAAAAAGAAAAGCACAGUUCAAUAAACCUCUUUUAAUCACUAAAUGUGAUGAAGCUAACCUUUUAAUCAAACAACAUGAGAAUCUUCUUUAUUCUCGGCUUAAAAUGUUUGUUCAUCUGCGCCAAGAUCUAGAAAGGGUGAGAAACCUUUGCUACAUGAUCAGUCGAAGAGAAAAGCUUUUUCGUUCUUACCUGAGGACCCGGAACGAUGUCUUUGAGAAGCAGUUAGAAGUGCUGAAUGAAGAAUCUCCAAACCUUACAGAAAAAGAAAUAAAAGAAAUUGUAAAAUGCAGAGGUGGGGAUAACCUGUAUGAUAAGUUUUAUUGUGUCUCUCUUGAGGAGGAAAAAGAGAAAACUCCGGAGAAAGAACUUGCGCCUAAACUCCCUAACCCUUAUUCUAAACCCUACCCUAACAACAUCCAUACCCGUUCACGAAGGCUUACAACAACUCAAAGUGUUUCUGAUAAUUUUGAUAAUGACAGUAGAGAUAUGCCGGUUUUAGUUAAAUGUAAAUCUGAAGAAAAUGUAAGCACCAUUGAAACAAGAAAGCAACCAAUACUCACUCAUUCUCCUUUUGUAAUUAAAAUAGAACCGACGGCAGAAAGUGAGAAUAAUCAGAAAACUACCGAAACUAACUCAGAUAUUCCUGUUUUGCCUAAGGCAGUUUUAGAAAAAAGCAUCGAUAUAUCAGAGACUCAAAGUCCUGUUAAAUUAGAAUCAAACAAUAUUGAAAUGCUUAAAGGUAGUUAUGAAAAUACAAGUGUUAAAUCUAAAAAGCCUGUGCAUGUAAAUGAAAUUGCUUCAGACAAAAUUUCAUUAUGUUUGAGUGAUAAGGAGAAUAUUAAUGCUCAGAAACCUGUUAAAGUGAAAAGAACUCGAAGUCAGAAUGAUGCCCGCCAUGCUGAAAUAAAAAAUAACAUUUUUGAGGUAAAUGGCUCAAAAAAUGAAAUACUCAUAGAGGAGCAUAUUGAUAAUGAAAUCAUUACUAUUUCUCAAUCUAAGAAGAAUUCUAAACUUGAUAAACGCAGCACACGUUAUCCAACUAGAAAUAGAUUUCAUUCUACAGAAAUUAAUUUAGAAAAUGAUGCAGCAUCUGAAAAAUCUAUCGACUCAGUUGAUACCUAUGCUUCAACUUCAGAUGGAACUGAGUUUAAAUCAUCCCCCAGUAAUAGUAUAGAAGAAUUUACUUUUGUUUCUCAAAAUACUGAGCGAAAUGAAAUCAAUGGAGAAGUUUCCCCACAAAUUCAACGAAAAAGACCUGGAAGGCCAAGAAAACUGCCUCGAUUGGAAGCUAUUCCCAAUGAUAUUUCUAUAAAUAAAGACGCUGCAAAUCUUGACAAUGAAAAGACUAGUUUGUGUGACAGCAUGUUGGAACUCUCUGAUUCCAAUCAAAGUAGUUUUACAAUGUCCUUGAGGAAUGGUAAGGAGCACAUAAUUUCACCCUCUCGCCGUAAGAAAGGUCGUAAGAGAAGAGGGAGGGCAAGUGUCAAACUAGAUCACUCAGAUCCGUUACCUCUUAAGGAAACCAACCAGAGCACUGUUUCAGAGGGCAUUGACCAAAGAGAUGACAAAAGUUCGCCUGACUGGGAUUCUGAAGAUACACGACUGCCAAGGCUUGCGUCAUUUGAGCCUCCUGCCCCAACUCGGAUAGUUAUCCGGAUAAGGAAGGAACCAAAUGACUCAUCUUCAUCUUCCGAUGUCCCAGCAGCAUUCCAUAUUGUACGUAACGACAUCAAUGCCAACUCUGAGAACUCAGUGUCUGAGUUUCCUUCCAAAAUUAACGGUGACAUGUCCCCUGAGAGUCCGACAUCCAGGGAUGAUAAUGACUGUAGGCAUCGAUAUUCAAUGAGAGAAAGGAGUGUCACCCCUAGAAGUUUAAAAUGUACAUUUAGUAGAAGCUAGUAAUGCUUGCAAAUUUCUUCAUAGAGAUCAGGGAUUCUAAACCAUUGUAAGAGCAUGGGCCCCUAAGCUUAAAAAAUUCCCAUUUGUUUUUAUAAAUCUAAUUCUGAUAUUCUAAGUACCAAACAUAUAUUUUUUUAGCUAAAGUUAUUAAGAAUAAUAAAUAUUAGGAAAACGUUGUAUUGAUAGUUAAACUUUUAAAAUAAAUUGUCAAUGGUGACAAGUUUAGCAUGUAAGUAUGUAGUUUAAAUAAAUUAAAAACAAAAAUCUGACAAGUACAUAAAUUCUUGUUCAACUUUAUGUUAAGUAAGAAAUAGAUAUUAUUUUAUAUCAAUUUUAGUUUAAAAAUGAAUUCAUAAUAAAACUACUUGAAAAUACUAGUUUUUAA